AGUUUUGUGAAGCGAAUAAUCAAACAACUGUCGAAAGAGCAGCGUCAGCGGUGUAAUCAGGUCUGUGAUAAGCCAGUGAUAAGGACGAGACCAUUUUGAAGACUACGAUGGCGACAAAACUGUACGUUGUGUUUGUGCUGACAGCUGUUUCCUUCGUCUGUUUGACUGCACUGCGAUGGGAACGGGGCAGUUGCCUGCUUUUGUGUGGAGACGGUGUACACUGCCCGUCUGGCUACAGCUGUAAGAGCAACGGGUGCGGCACAGAAUGUUUCAAUGUGUCGUUUGUCCAACCGUCAGGCUGCGAUCCUUUCCUUUGCGACAGACGCUGCCCUCUGGGCUACAAACGUGAUGCCAAUGGUUGUCAGUCCUGCGAGUGUGACUACUCUGCGAUCCAAAUCACUGGUAAAUGAUGCCAGAACGACGGCUGAGGAAGGUGCUGACUGAAGAAAUCAGGCGAACGGCCCUGUGGCCUGGUCUGCCAUGCCUUUUCCGAAUAUUUAUAAGAAUAUUUAAAUAAAGCACGCAUUUUUCAUCGA